GUGAACGUGAACUGCCCGACAAGGAAAAAAAGCAGAAGUGGCUGAAACGUCGAUAAAAAAAACGAGCCACAGAUUUAUUUUUGAAGGGUGUGUGCGUUUUUAUAUGACACACAGUUAAAAGCCGAGAGAAAGAAAACGACAACACAUCAUCUUCAAAGUGCAGGAACUGUGAAAAGCGAAAUCCGACACAAGGUGACCAACGAUGGCUGUAAACGUGUACUCAACCUCGGUGACCAGUGACAACUUGAGUCGUCAUGAUAUGCUGGUCUGGAUCAACGAGUCUCUACAGAUGAACCUCACCAAGAUAGAAAUGUUGUGUUCAGGUGCUGCCUACUGCCAGUUCAUGGACAUGCUGUUCCCCAACUCUGUGCCUCUGAAGAAAGUCAAAUUUGGUGCCAAACUGGAGCACGAGUACAUCCACAACUUCAAGCUCCUGCAGGUCUCCUUUAAAAAGAUGGGAGUCGACAAAAUCAUUCCAGUAGAUAAACUGGUGAAGGGGAAGUUCCAGGACAACUUUGAGUUCGUCCAGUGGUUUAAGAAAUUCUUCGAUGCCAACUACGACGGAAAGGACUACGACCCUGUUGAGGCGAGGCAGGGACAGGACGCAAUGCCCCCAACCAACACCGCCACCUCCGCCUUCAACAAACCCCCGAAAAAAGUCCUCAGUCAAGCUCCUCAGAGGCCACCCGUUGCCAAGGUAGCACCCAAGAUGGCUCCCGGCAGCGCGAGGAAGCCGGGUAUGGGAGGAGCUGACGAGGAGAGGGCGGAGCUCCUGAACGAGAUGGAGGUCCUGAAAACCACCAUUCAGGACAUCGAGAAGGAGAGAGACUUUUAUUUUGGUAAGCUGCGGAACAUCGAGCUGAUUUGUCAGGAGAAGGAAGGCGAGGGCGACCCGACACUGCAGAGGAUCGUCGACAUCCUCUACGCCACAGACCAGGAAGCAGCAGACUUGCCGCUGAGAGCAACAGACGAAGAGGGCUUCGUGAUACCGGACGCUGAGGAGCAGGAGGAGUUUUAAUAAUCCGGACUGCGAGCAGCUUCUUCAAAGUCCUGGUCUCACUUCCACACUUCGAGAUCCUUCCUCAAGCCAAGAAGCCUGUUUGGUUUUAUAUCCAACACCAAACCUGAUUUCGACUUGUGGUCCAACCCCCCCCCCCCGCCCCCCUUUACCCCCUCUCCCC